AUGGCUCUCUCAAUGCGCGCGGCCACUAGAGCAAGCUCCCUCCGCCAAAUUAGAGCACCAGCCUUUACUGCCCGAAAUUUUACCACUCGAUCUUCAGCACGAUUGCUAUAUGCUCCAAACCAUGCCCUAGCUUCUAAGAAUGCUAGGCCUAUCCGCCUGUUCUCAAGCUGCAGCAUCCGCAGAAAUCAGACCCAGGCCGCCCCGAACGCGAAGGCCUACUUGGAGAGCGGAGUGAUCAAGGGAGCUAAAAAUCCAGUCGACGUCAAGAAGGUCUUGGUCAUUGGAAGUGGUGGUCUGAGCAUUGGUCAGGCUGGAGAGUUCGAUUAUUCAGGGUCCCAGGCAUUGAAGGCCUUGAAGGAGGCAGGCGUGGCGUCGGUCCUCAUCAACCCAAACAUCGCAACGAUCCAGACCGCUCACGCCCUCAGCGAUGAAGUAUACUACCUACCAGUCACCCCGGAAUAUGUAACAUAUGUCAUUGAGCGAGAACGACCAGAUGGCAUAUUCCUUACUUUCGGUGGGCAGACCGCCCUUAAUCUGGGUGUCCAGAUGGAAAGGAUGGGCAUCUUUGAGCGGUAUGGAGUGAAGGUUCUGGGUACCAGCAUCAAGACCCUCGAGACCAGUGAGGACAGAGAUCUCUUUGCAAAGGCUCUUGGUGAAAUCGACAUUCCAAUUGCCCAGUCAAUCGCUGUUGGCACCGUCGACGAGGCGUUGGAAGCCGCCAAAGGCAUCGGGUACCCAAUCAUUGUCCGAGCUGCGUAUGCUCUUGGAGGGCUUGGGUCAGGUUUUGCAAACAACGAAGAGGAGCUUCGCAAUAUGUCUGCGAGGUCUCUUACCCUAUCUCCUCAAAUCUUGGUUGAGAAAUCGCUCAAAGGCUGGAAAGAAGUUGAAUAUGAGGUUGUCCGUGAUGCAAGCAACAACUGCAUCACUGUCUGCAACAUGGAGAACUUCGAUCCCCUAGGAAUCCAUACCGGUGACUCCAUCGUUGUAGCACCUAGUCAGACGCUGAGCGAUGAGGAAUACCACAUGCUCCGUUCCGCUGCUAUCAAAAUCGUCCGGCAUUUAGGUGUGGUUGGCGAAUGUAACGUUCAGUACGCACUACAGCCUGAUGGACUUGACUAUCGUGUCAUCGAAGUCAACGCCCGUCUGUCCCGUUCCUCUGCUCUUGCAUCCAAGGCUACUGGAUAUCCUCUUGCCUAUACCGCUGCAAAAAUUGGACUUGGGCACACCUUGCCAGAACUCCCGAAUGCCGUCACGAAAACCACUACCGCCAACUUUGAGCCCUCUUUGGACUACGUUGUCACUAAAAUUCCCCGAUGGGAUCUGGCCAAAUUUCAACACGUCAACCGUGACAUUGGCAGUGCAAUGAAAUCAGUCGGUGAAGUCAUGGCCAUUGGCAGGACUUUCGAAGAAUCCAUCCAAAAGGCUAUUCGCAUGGUUGACCCUCGUUUCAUUGGUUUCCAAGGCGAUAAAUUUGAGGAUCUUGACUACGAACUUGCGAAUCCUACGGACCGUCGAUGGCUCGCUGUUGGCCAGGCCAUGCUCCAUGAGAACUAUACUGUGGACCGUAUCCAUGACUUGUCUAAAAUCGAUAAGUGGUUCUUAUACAAGCUUCAAAACAUUGUCGACUGCACUCACGAGAUGGAGGAUAUCGGAUCUCUUUUCGGGUUGAAAGCCGAGCUUCUCAUGAAAGCGAAGAAGAUGGGUUUCUCCGACCGCCAAAUUGCCAAGGCUGUUGGCAGCACUGAAGACGAAGUUCGCGCCCGACGGAAGAACUUCGGCAUCAAGCCUUUUGUCAAGAAAAUUGAUACUCUUGCUGCUGAGUUCCCGGCUGAUACCAACUACCUGUACACAACGUACAAUGCAACAACGCACGAUGUCACAUUCGAUGACCAUGGAACCCUCAUCCUUGGCAGUGGUGUCUACAGAAUUGGCAGUUCAGUUGAGUUCGAUUGGUGUGCAGUCAGCGCAACCUUUGCUCUGAGGGAGAUGGGCAAGAAGACUGUUAUGAUCAAUCAACCCCCUUACUAUUUACCAUUGCUAACACCCACGUUGUACAACCCGGAGACAUUUUCGACUGAUUUCGAUACCGCGGACAAACUCUACUUCGAGGAGUUGAGCUACGAGCGUGUUAUGGAUAUCUACGAACUUGAAUCUGCUUCUGGCGUCGUUGUGUCUGUGGGCGGUCAAUUACCCCAGAACAUUGCUCUUCGUCUGCAAGAAGCCGGAGGAGCGAAAAUUCUCGGCACGAAUCCCAAGGAUAUCGACAAGGCAGAAGAUCGACAAAAGUUCUCGGAGAUCCUUGACAGUAUUGGGGUUGAUCAACCAGCCUGGAAGGAGCUUACUUCCGUUGCUGAAGCCGAGGCUUUCGCUGAUGAAGUCAGCUAUCCAGUACUUGUUCGGCCAAGUUACGUUCUCUCCGGUGCCGCUAUGACUGUCAUUCGCAGCAAAGAUGAGCUCAAGGAUAAACUUGAGGCUGCCAGCAACGUUUCUCCCGAUCACCCAGUUGUCAUAACCAAGUUUAUCGAGGGCGCUGAAGAGAUUGAUGUUGAUGCAGUUGGUGCCAAUGGCAAGCUCAUUGUCCAUGCCGUCAGUGAGCACGUUGAACAGGCUGGUGUUCACUCUGGUGAUGCUACCCUUGUACUUCCUCCUGCAAAUAUUGAUCAGACCACGAUGGACAGAGUCAAGGAGAUUGCUAUUAAGGUCGCCAAGGCCUGGAGCAUCACCGGACCUUUCAACAUGCAAAUCAUCAAAGCCGAGGACCCGGAAGGUGGCUUACCCCUUUUGAAAGUUAUCGAAUGUAACUUGCGUGCUUCCCGGUCAUUCCCAUUCGUCAGCAAAGUUCUUGGUGUCAAUUUCAUCGAUGUUGCUACCAAAGCUCUAGUCGGCCGUGACGUGCCCGAGCCUACUGAUCUCAUGGCCAUCAAGCGUGAUUACCUCGCCACGAAGGUUCCACAAUUCUCAUGGACACGUCUCGCUGGAGCUGACCCCUUCUUGGGAGUUGAGAUGUCCAGCACUGGUGAAAUCGCCUGUUUCGGCAAGAACCUUGUGGAAGCGUACUGGGCCUCUCUCCAGUCAACCAUGAACUUCCGCGUUCCAGAGCCAGGCGAGGGUCUCCUCUUCGGCGGAGACGUUAGCAAGGAUUCCCUCUCCAAAAUCGUCGACUACCUCUCCCCACUCGGCUACAAACUCUAUGCUGCCGAGAACGAAGUCAAGCAAUACCUCCAGUCCACCGCAAAGAACAACGUCAAGGUCGAGGUUAUUGAGUUCCCCACUGAGGACAAGCGAGCUCUUCGAGAGGUGUUCCAGAAGUACGAUAUCCGUGGUGUGUUCAACUUGGCCCUGGCUAGAGGCAAGACUGUUUUGGAUGUGGACUAUGUUAUGCGAAGGAACGCAGUUGAUUUCGGUGUGCCACUUUUCAUGGAACCAAAGACCGCUGAGCUCUUCGCUCAAUGCAUGAGCGAGAAGUUGCCCCGGAAGGAGGGUAUCCCAGGGGAGGUGCGCAGGUGGUCUGAUUUCAUUGGUGGCAAGCCUUUGUAA